AUGGCUCUGCCACCCUUCUUCGCCCCGGGUCGCCCCGGCCCGCCGCCCCCGCAGCCGCCGCCUCCCGCUCCCUUCGGCUGUCCGCCGCCGCCACUACCCUCCCCGGCCUUCCCGCCGCCUCUUCCCCAGAGGCCUGGCUCCUUUCCGGGGGCCUCCGCCCCCUUCCUCCAGCCUCCGCUGGCUCUGCAGCCCCGGGCCCCCGGGGAAGUCUCCCGCGGAGGCGGCGGAGGUGGCGGCGGCGGCUCCUUCUACCCGGUGCCGCCACCUCCGCUGCCUCCGCCGCCGCCCCAGUGCCGGCCCUUCCUAGGGAGCGACGCCGGUGAGCGCCCGCGGCCGCCGCCUCCAGGCCCGGGGCCGCCCUGGAGCCCGCGCUGGCCUGAGGCACCGCCGCCGUCCGACGCGCUCGGGGACGCGGCCCUGCAGCGCCUGCGCGACCGGCAGUGGCUAGAGGCGGUGUUCGGAACCCCGCGGAGGGCCAGCGGCUCGGUGCCCCCGCGCGCGCCCGCCGGGCCCAGCCUGGGCGAGGUGCGCGCCCGGUUGCGGGGGGCCCUGCGCCUGGUGCGGCGGCUGCGCGACCUGGGCCAGGCCCUGCGCGAGGCCGAGGCCGACGGCGCGGCCUGGGCGCAGCUGCAUGCGCAGGCACAGCCGCUGCGCGCCGAGCUGGCCGAGCGGCUAGAGCUGCUGACCCAGGCCGCUUACGUGGGCGAGGCGCGGCGCCGGCUGGAGAGGGUCCGGCGCCGCCGCCUGCGGCUUCGCGAGAGGGUCCGGGAACGCGAGGCCGAGCGGGAGGCGGAGGCCGCGCGGGCAGCAGAGCGCGAGCAGGAGAUUGACCGCUGGAGGGUCCAGUGCGUGCAGGAGGUGGAGGAGAAGAAGCGGGAGCAGGAACUUAAAGCUGCUGCCGAUGGUGUCUUAUCUGAAGUGAGGAAGAAACAAGCUGACACCAAAAGAAUGGUGGAUAUUCUUCGGGCCUUGGAGAAAUUGAGGAAACUUAGGAAAGAGGCUGCGGCAAGGAAAGGGGUCUGUCCUCCAGCCUCAGCAGAUGAGACUUUUGAGCAUCACCUUCAGCGACUGAGAAAACUCAUUAAAAAGCGCUCUGAACUCUAUGAAGCUGAAGAGAGAGCCCUCCAAGUUAUGUUAGAAGGAGAACAAGAGGAAGAGAGGAAAAGAGAAUUAGAAAAGAAACAGAGGAAAGAAAAAGAGAAAUUUUUACUUCAGAAGCAUGAAAUCGAGUCCAAGUUAUUUGGGAAUCCAGAUGAGUUCCCGCUCGCUCAUCUCUUGCAGCCUUUCCGGCAGUAUUACCUCCAAGCCGAGCACUCCCUGCCAGCACUCAUCCAGAUAAGGAGAUCUGAAAACAAGGAGGCAGAGUGUCACCGUGUCCCACUGCAGUGGGGAACACGCCCUUUGGCGGCUCACGUGUUUCACUGCUCUGUGCGUGUCAGCAGGCAUGACUGGGAUCAGUACCUGGUGCCAUCUGAUCAUCCCAAAGGCAGCGCCAUUCCUCAAGGAUGGGUCCUUCCCCCGCUCCCCAGCAACGACAUCUGGGCAACCGCUGUCAAGCUGCAUUAGUAAAGAUGCUCCAGGAGUGUCAUCCAGCCAAGGCUCUUCCCAGCUCUAAGCAUCAGUGAUGCUGCCAUCUUGCCCUACCCAGAAGUUACGUUUUUCUUCUGUCCUCUGUCUCAGCCAGAGGUGCCUCUUGAAUCAGGAGAUUAACACGAUUCUUCAAGAAAGGACCUAGGUGGACUGAGGUUAUCGUGACAGGCAGUGGCCUUGGUUCACCGAAUUUGCCUCUGUUUUGAGGGGCUUCAUCCAAAGUGACUUGCAAGUUUACCCGUACCUUUCUUGCGUGGUAGUGGGUAAGUACACUAUACACACAUAUCCUCGACACAAGUGUGCUCUGGGUAGAUUAGCAGUCCUUCCCCCAGGACUGCUUGUUAAGGCAAGCUUGAUGCAAAAUCUCCUUACCUUUCUUACCCAAAGACCCCCCUAACUUCCAGGAAGAAAAGUCAGGAAGGCUUUAUCUUCAGUUUUGUGAAUUCUACUUUUGGUGCAGCUGGAGAGGCUAGGCUGCCAGAAAAACUGGUGGCCUCACUGCUAGUCAUGUGGACAACUUGGGAGGCCUGCAGAGUACUUGUAUCCAAACUGGAUUGUGUUUUAAUGGAUGCUGGCUGCAUUUCCCCCAUGUUAGAAGGAUCCUAAUGAAAACACCUGCUUUUUAAGUUCCUAAAGGUCUGGUUGUUCAGAACCCCCAACGAUAAAAAUUAAUUUCCUUAUAGGAUUGGGACCCUGAUUAACUUCACUCAGUCACCCUGUGGGAGCUGGUAUAGUGGAAAUUGUGGAAUUUUCUUAGGAACUCAAGCUUCCAAGAAUACACAUGUAGUUGAAGUGAGGGGCAGGGGGAAAGUGGAUUGAAAUAAUAAAGUUUAUUUUUUAUAUUCGUUAAUAAAUGCUGUUGUGCCUGGAGAUGAUCAAUCAUAUAACAUUGUCAGGUUUUUUUGUUUGGUUUGGUUUUCCUUUUUUGUCAUUUAUUGUGUUAUUUCCAAAAAGCUAAAUAAAUAUUAUUUUUAUUUUUUA